AUGGGCGACGUGGUGGCAGAUCCUGCGGACGAGCAGAACGUCGGCACGUCUGCCUCCUCGACGCAAACGUCCCCCACCGUCGGCAAGGAAUUCGGCCAGAAGACCCUCAGAUCGUUGAAGAGAGGGCUUGGUAGAUUGUGGAGGAGGCACCGUGGCAACGCUUCGAUCACCGAGUACGAUCCGUGCUAUAAGGUCGCUUAUCUUGGGAAUGUUCUCACUGGAUGGGCCAAGGGUAAGUGAAUUCUUUCUUGAACCGAGCCAUCACCGUCAGCUAGCAGAAAAUAUUUUAUCCAACAUCAUUUGCGUUAGGUCACAAGCGCAGUGAAUCAAUUACUGAAUAACAAUCGUGGUAAUCGGAAUUUCUGAUCAGUUCAUCGAUUGUUGAAAUAAAUCGGUAAUUGAUUAAUCUUUGCAAGAUCGUUAAUCGGCGAUUUUUAAAUCGUUGAGCGAUUGAUUUAUACUUUAUUACGAUCUGUAACAUGCUACGAUCUCCUCGAAAUUCUUCGCAAACGUUUGUAAAUAAUUGAACAAUUGAAAUAGAGAAAAAAUACUUGUUGAAAUAUGAAACAGUCAUAUUUUUAUGUAUGACGAAAAAGUUGAAAUAAAGCAAUCAUUUAUAUAUAUAAAUUAAUUUUAAAAUAUUUAUUUACAUAAAUAAAUUUUUCAGGUUAUAUAUAUAUAUAUAAAAAUUUUAAAAAUUCGUGAAAUCUAAAAAUACUUUACUUCCCGAAAAAUAAUAAUCAUCAUCCAUAAAUUUUCAUUUUGGAUAAUAAUAGUCAAGUGGAAUUUUAAUGGAUGUUAAUUUUUGAAGAGAGGAGUAUCCCUCUAUGUCGCAGUAUACAAGAUUCCCUUUUAAUCAUCCAAUAUCCUUGA